AUGUCAGAGCAGCAAACUUAUUGGUGUCACGAAUGCGAUAUAAGCAUUCAUCUUCUUCUCACCAUUGAUUCACCAUCUUCUCCUCCUCCACUGUGUCCUGACUGCCAUACCUGCAAUCUUGAGCUCAUGGAUGACCCCACUCUCACCGACACCGCUAGCUUCUUCUUAGACGCCUUUUUUCUCCCCUUUUUCAGCGGAGUAAACCCGUCGGAGGAGAGUGGCAGGAGUGCCGUUUUUGACGAUUCUGUGCUGCCCACCAUCAAAAUCAGUGGCGGGGAUGAUUCUUGUUCGGUGAUUGUUUGUGGGGUGUGUAAAGAUGAGUUCGUUGUAGAUGUUGAUGAAGCAAAGGUGUUACCUUGUAAUCAUUUGUUCCAUCCUGACUGUAUACUCCCAUGGCUUCACUCUGACCAUCUUUCUUGUCCUCUCUGUCGAUUUCAUCUGCUUCCCGUGCCAUCAUCUUCAUCAUCUGCUGUUGACUGCAGUUCCACUGAUGUUGGUGCUUUGUCCAAUUUUCUUCCUUCACAAUUCUAGCCAGGUUUCACGUUGGAGGUCAUUUGGUUGCUUCUUUUGAUGCCUUAAACGGGUCUAAUCACGGCUAUGAAUCAUGCUAAUAGCAUAUUACAGUUUGGUACUCGUCGAGUCAAUUCUCAUCCUAAAUCGGAUAAACCAAGUGUUUAUAUGAGCAGCAGACUAUCAUACAAAUAAAAAUUUAAUGAUUGUGCAA